GAUAAAGUUUUGGAACGCCCUCCAGAGUCCACGAGAUGUCCAAAAGUCCAAAUCCGUCACCAUUUGGGAAUUAACGAUAUUAAUAUAUUGUAUGACACUUUGCGCGAUAUUAAAACUCCAAAAACCCAAAGACAAUCAAAAUGGUUUUAAGCUCCACUACAAAACAGAGAGUAGCCAUCGUCCUGAAUGUGAGCAAAUUCGUAUUUCAAUGGGGUUUUAUUCCUGCUGUUCUCUUUUUAGGAUUCAGCAAGGGUGCAGAUCCAGGCAUGCCUGAGUUAACCUUUAUGAACUUAUUAUGGCAGUAAGCUUUCUAUUAGACAUGCGUCCAUUUUGAAAGAAAACAUGGCUAUCAUUCGUGUUACAUCAAUAUGUUUAUUUACCGUUAUAACAUAAUGUUUCCAAUUGUCAGAGUAAUAGUCUGUAUCUUGGUAAAUAAAUGUUAUAUUAUUGUUAAUUAAAA